GUUAACUCCUCCUCUUGUGUUUGUUUGUUUGUUUUUUGGGUUUUCCUCCCCCCGAAGUGGAUAUUUGGAGCUCACUCGCCCGUGGUCGGGUUCUCCCCUUCUUCCAGCGUGGAGCUGGUGCCGGUGCUGCCGCCCGUGUUCGCAGCCUCGGUGCCACCGCACGGGAAGGGCUGGAUGGACAAAAGGCUGCCCAGCUGCAAAAUCUACCUGAACAAUGCCUUUGCCCUGGAUCCGGCCUGGGUGCAGCCUGAGGAGUCCAGGCUGUUCCAGGGGGCUGAGAAGCCUCUGCUGCUGAGCAAUCAAGUGGCCAUGGCUGUGGCCAGGCCAGCUGCUGCCUCCAGACCGCUGCCCACGCUCGUCCUGGCCCCUCAGCUCAUCCCAGGUGGUUGCCAGAACAGCCUUAAAGCCGUGGGUGGCUCUCAGAGCCUGGCGCUGCUGGCCCUGGAGCCCGAGGCCCCGGCGGGGCUGAGCCUGCAGCCCUGCCAGCUCCUCACCCUCUCCCCCAUCAAGGUCCCGCUCCUGGCCUCGCCCUUCCCAGGUUCUGCCUCCAGGCUGGACACGGCCGUGGGCCCCUUGGUGCCAGCACAGGUCACCCGUGUCACCGCCGUGGCCGCGCCCGCCGUCACCCUCAUGGCCACCAACCUGAUGGACCCUGCACGGGCAGAUCGUGGCAAGGAAUCGAGCAGAGCCUCCCGCCCGCCCACGCUGAUCCUGCACACGGAGAGGAAGAGUGGCCCCACGGGCAGUGACAGUGACAAGGUCAGUCCUGGAGCCUCCUCCCGAGCCUUUGGGACCGCUGAGCUGCACAAACCCGGCCCAGGGGCAGGAUGGGCCUGCCUGGAGCUGUGUGUGGUGUGGACUGGAGAUGACCGGGUGUUCUUCUUCAACCCCAGCAUGCAGCUGUCGGUGUGGGAGCGGCCGCUGGACCUGAGGCACCGCGGGGACAUCAAGCGGCUGCUCGAGGACCCCCCGCACAAGCGCAAGCUGGAGCCUGCAGCAACAGACAAGUGCGUUAGCUCUUGUCCAGGGGAUGAAAACGAUGAUCUGAGCAUCAAAACUAAGAGAAAUAAAACAGAGGAGUGCCAGGCUGCGGGGGCUGAGGAGGAGCAGGGAGGGGAGGAAGGCUCGGCCAGCCGGAUCUCACCGCCCCUGGAGGAGAGGAUCACCCACUUCAGGGACAUGCUGCUGGAGAGGGGGGUGUCGGCGUUCUCCACGUGGGAGAAGGAGCUGCACAAGAUGGUGUUUGACCCGCGCUACCUGCUGCUGAACCCCGAGGAGAGGAGGCAGAUUUUCGAGCAGUUUGUCAAGACCCGGGUCAGGGAGGAGUACAAAGAGAGGAAGAACAAGUUGCUGUUGGCCAAGGAAGAGUUCAAGAAGCUUCUGGAAGAAUCCAAGUUAUCCCCAAGGACAACCUUCAAGGAAUUCGCCGAGAAGUACGGCCGGGACCAGCGCUUCCGCCUCGUCCAGAAGAAGAAGGACCAGGAGCACUUUUUCAAUCAGUUCAUUCUUAUUCUCAAGAAGAGGGACAAAGAAAACAGGAUAAGGCUACGGAAAAUGAGAUAAAAGCAGCUGAAACUGGCAAUAAAGACACGCCCAGGCCACGUCUGCGGGAGGGGAUUCCAAGGAAGGAUGGGAAACGCUCGGGGUCCAAGAGCACCACCAGGAGUGGGAGAUCCCGAGGGAAAACCGCCUCUGGACGGAGCCUGGGGAGCCUCCAGCGGAUUUGGGAAGGCUGUUCGGCAGGAACGGGAAGGAUGUUUUGUUCUCAAAGAAUUAAUGUUUCAUAUUGAAGCUCUCUUUUGUACAACAUCCCGAGUUUGAUGCAUUUCUAAUUGCCAUGAUAUGUCGAUCCCUUAAUUGUUUUAAUUAUGCAAAUUACUUGUAAUAUACACAAGUUAUGACUCCGAUGCAGAUUUAUAAUUAAGCAGAAGCAGAUGCCAUCCAGAGCAAUCUCAAGGCAUUGCCAUCAUUUAGGGGAAUUAUCUCCAACAAUCUUUUGGCCACUCGGCAUUUCCACCAAGUGUGUGGGGUCUGGUGGUCUGCAGGAUCCGCUCCCGCUGCUCAUCCGUCUCUGUCCAGUCCUCUGAGUAGUAGUGAUCAGCUAUUAAUUGUUAAUCUUGGUGAAGAGUGUGAAAAUCUUGGCACAUGUUCCAUAGGAGAGCUCUCCGACCCAGAACUUCCCGCGGGCGCCACGUCCCCCUCAGCCUUCCAACCCCAGUUCUGUGGUGAAGCCAUCCCAGUCGGAUUUGGGUUCUGUUCCUGUGUGUGAAGAGUCUGCAUGAGAUUUUUCUCAUCAUAUUUGUAUAAAUAAAUAUUUAACUUUUGUAAUUAAGAA